CAACCAAGGCUUAACUUAGAACCGAAAACUUCUAUAAUCCAUUAUAAAACCAGAUACAUCAUACACAGCUCGCAGCAUACAACGUACCGAAACACUUUAGAAAUCACCGUGUUAAUUCAGUGAAUUAACUGAUCCAUAUAAACUAAUGUCAGGUGAAACCCCUCGCGCGACAAUCACGGAUCCGUUCGAGUAUCUUCAGAUCGUCCUCAAUCCUGAUGGCACCCUCACCCGCAAGCUCAUGCUUCCCCGCGUUGCAGCCGAACCAAAUGAUCCCGAGGGCCGGGCUCCAGUCCUCUCCAAGGACGUCCGUAUUAACCUAUCAAACAACACUUGGGCACGUAUAUUUCUACCCCGUCAGGCGCUAGAUUGUACUUCUUCUUCGGCCAACAAGUUGAAGUUGCCUCUCGUAGUUUACUACCAUGGCGGAGGGUUCAUUCUCUUAAGCGCAGACGUGGGCAUUCUUCAUGACUAUUGCUCCAACAUGGCCAAGGCUAUCCCUGCCGUCGUCGUAUCGGUCGACUACCGCCUCGCUCCUGAAAAUCGGCUGCCGGCGGCUUAUGAUGAUGGUCUGGAAGCGUUGCACUGGAUUAAAAUCACUCGAGACGAGUGGUUGAGAGAGUAUGCCGAUCUCUCUAAUUGUUUCCUUAUGGGUUCCAGUGCGGGCGGUAACAUCGCUUACCAUGUAGGCUUACGUGCGGCGGAUGUGAUCGAUGCAUUGGAACCUUUGAAGAUCAAAGGGCUGGUGUUGCAUCAACCUUUCUUCGGUGGGACCCAGAGGAUUGCGUCAGAGUUGAGGUUGAUGAACGAUCCAGUUUUGCCACCAAUUGUUUCCGAUGUGAUGUGGGAUUUGUCUUUGCCAAUUGGCGUUGACCGCGAUCACGAGUUUUGUAAUCCGACGGUGGAUGGUGGGUCAAAGCAGUUGGAGAAGAUCAAGUCGUUAGGAUGGAAAGUGUUGGUGAAUGGUUCUGACGGGGACCCACUCAUUGACCGUCAGAUAGAGCUGAUGAAGUUGGUAGAGGGGAAGGGUGUGCAAGCUGUGCGAAACGUUAGAGUUGGAGGUUUCCAUGGAGAAGAGGAUAUGGAUAUGUCCAAGGCACAUGCCAUGCACAUGGUCGUUAAAGAUUUCAUUACGUCUUCCAAACAGAUCCCUUAAUAAACCAAGUAAACUCCGCGACUGAAAUAAAAUGAUGACCAGUGGUGUCCUAGCUUUUGGUAACAUCGUCAUUUACUUGUACAAUUUGAUUUAAGUAUUAUUCAAACCUGCAAUCUUCUGUCAAGAACAAAAGAUGAUCAAGCUUUAAUGUUAAUAAGCAAUGUUGUUUUCCCCGUA